AUGCCCACUUAUGUGAAAUUCAUGAAAGAAAUUCUUUCAAGAAAAAGGAGGCUAGAAGAGUUUGAGACUGUUGCUCUUACACAAGAGAGUAGUCAAUAUUUGCUUAGCAAGAUACCUCCUAAACUAGGAGAUCCAGGAAGUUUUACAAUCCCAUGCACCGUAGGAGACCAUUACAUAGGCAGAGCAUUGUAUGAUUUAGGUGUUAGUAUCAAUUUAAUGCCUCUGAACUAUGAGGAAGACCGAGAGGUUCCAAUUAUUUUGGGAAGGGCUUUCUUAGCCACUGGUGGGGCUGUAAUAGAUGUUAAAGAGGGGGAGUUGGCAAUGAAUGUAAAUGGAGAUCAAGUUAAAUUUAAUAUCUCGAAAGCCAUGAAAUACACAAGAGACAUAGAAGAAUGUUCUAGGCUAGAUAUCAUAGAUUAUGUGGUGAAAGAAAUUUUUUUACAAGAAACUUCAUUGGACUCAAUGGGAGUUUCGGGUUGUGAGGGUCUAGAGUUAAGUCACACUAAUUCAGAUGAAGCUGUGAAAUGGUUAAAUUCCAAGUCUGAAUUAGUUUGGAAAAAUAAAAAUUUUGAGUCAUUGGAAUUAGCCAAGAGAGGGUUAAAAAUUCCUAAACCUUCAAUUGAAGAGCCCCUUGUGUUAGAGCUCAAGCCUCUACCUAAUCACCUUAGGUAUGCUUAUUUAGGAGAAAAAGACACUUUGCCUGUCAUAGUGUCCAAUCUGCUCACUGUUUUAGAGGAAGAGCAGCUGCUGGCUGUGUUAAAAAAUUUUAAGAGGGCUAUAGGAUGGUCUUUAGCAGAUAUAAAAGGUAUUUUGUUUUAA